CAAAGGCAAACGGCGGCGUCCAAGUCCACUAGUCCUUGCAGCACGGGACAACAUGUGUCUUUUGCGCUGCUGCCAAUCCCUAUGUGCACAAGGCCACCUAGCAAGUCCACGCACGCACCUAGCUUGAGAGUAUCAAUGGGACAUGUGCCUCCUAUUGGUGGUGUUGGUGGUGUUGGUGAUGGCACGAUAGGUGGUGACAAUGGCGGUGGUUUAGGCACCACUGGUACUGGUGUAGGUGGUGGCUUUGGCACCACCGGUACUGGUGUAGGUGUUGGUGUUGGUGGUGGUAGCACUGGUGGCAAUGGCGGUGGUUUAGGCACCACUGGUACUGGUGUAGGUGUUGGUGGCGGUUUGGGCUCCACCGGUACUGGUGUAGGUGUUGGUGGUGGUAGCACUGGUGGCAAUGGUGGUGGUUUAGGCACCACUGGUAUUGGUGUAGGUGUUGGUGGUGGCUUGGGCACUACCGGUACUGGUGUUGGUGUUGGCAUUGGUGGUGGUAGCACUGGUGGCAAUGGUGGUGGUUUAGGCACAACUGGUACUGGUGUAGGUGUUGGUGGCGGUUUGGGCUCCACCGGUACUGGUGUAGGUGUUGGUAUUGGUGGUGGCAGCACUGGUGGCAAUGGCGGUGGUUUAGGCACCACUGGUACUGGUGUAGGUGUUGGUGGCGGUUUGGGCUCCACCGGUACUGGUGUAGGUGUUGGUGGUGGUAGCACUGGUGGCAAUGGUGGUGGUUUAGGCACUACUGGUACUGGUGUAGGUGUUGGUGGUGGCUUGGGCACUACUGGUACUGGUGUUGGUGUUGGCAUUGGUGGUGGUAGCACUGGUGGCAAGGGUGGUGGUUUAGGCACCACUGGUACUGGUGUAGGUGUUGGUGGCGGUUUGGGCUCCACUGGUACUGGUGUAGGUGUUGGUGGUGGUAGCACUGGUGGCAAUGGUGGUGGUUUAGGCACCACUGGUAUUGGUGUAGGUGUUGGUGGUGGCUUGGGCACUACCGGUACUGGUGUUGGUGUUGGCAUUGGUGGUGGUAGCACUGGUGGCAAUGGUGGUGGUUUAGGCACAAUUGGUACUGGUGUAGGUGUUGGUGGCGGUUUGGGCUCCACCGGUACUGGUGUAGGUGUUGGUAUUGGUGGUGGCAGCACUGGUGGCAAUGGCGGUGGUUUAGGCACCACUGGUACUGGUGUAGGUGUUGGUGGCGGUUUGGGCUCCACCGGUACUGGUGUAGGUGUUGGUAUUGGUGGUGGUAACACUGGUGGCAAUGGGGGUGGUUUAGGCACCACUGGUACUGGUGUAGGUGUUGGUGGUGGUUUGGGCUCCACCGGUACUGGUGUAGGUGUUGGUAUUGGUGGUGGUAACACUGGUGGCAAUGGCGGUGGUUUAGGCACCACUGGUACUGGUGUAGGUGUUGGUGGUGGUUUGGGCUCCACCGGUACUGGUGUAGGUGUUGGUAUUGGUGGUGGUAGCACUGGUGGCAAUGGCGGUGGUUUAGGCAUCACUGGUACUGGUGUAGGUGUUGGUGUUGGCGGCGGCUUCGGCACCACCGGUACUGGUGUAGGUGUUGGUGUUGGUGGUGGUAGCACUGGUGGCAAUGGCGGUGGUUUAGGCACCACUGGUACUGGUGUAGGUGUUGGUGGCGGUUUGGGCUCCACCGGUACUGGUGUAGGUGUUGGUAUUGGUGGUGGUAGCACUGGUGGCAAUGGCGGUGGUUUAGGCACCACUGGUACUGGUGUAGGUGUUGGUGUUGGUGUUGGUGGUGGUAGUACCGGUGGCAACGGCGGUGGUUUAGGCACCACCGGUGGAAGUGGCGGAAUAAUAACUGGUGGCUUGGGCACAUAAGGUGGUGGGUAUACAAUGGGAGGUUUAACAAUUGGUGGGUUGGGUACAUGAGGUGGUGGGCAUACAAUGGGAGGAGGCUUUACA